AUGGGCUUAAAAGUCACACCAACAACACCGGAAACAAUUCUAAAAGAGCCUAAAGCAGGAAAGGGAAUUAGGAAUCAAUUUUGGUCGACAGGUUUCAUUAAAAGUGAUGAUCAAACACCAAAACGACCUGAAUCAACUGUCAGUCGACAAUUUUUACCAAAGAAAAAGCAUGGAAUUAGUGAGCGUGAGGAUCUGAAACAACCCUUUCCGUAUACACCAUUCAAAUCAGGUUCACUAAGCAAGAAGGCAUCAAUAAAUGCAUUACAUGAUACAACAUUCAAUGCACAAUUAAAUCAGGAUUUAUCACAAAUCUAUGGUACCCAGCAGCAACCAGGUCAUCCACGAUCAGUGUCCAGCAUGCAAGGGACAUUGAGGACACAUCACACCAAUGGUUUAUAUGGUAUCAGCGCUAUACCACGUCCGGAAUCGAAAGGAAUAUGGCGAGGAUCGCAAUGCGGAAUAAUUCCACCACCACCAUCAGGAUCAUAUCGCCCAGCCAGUGCAAUGAAUAUACCUGCCUUAUCUCGACCCACUUCAAGAGCGAAUAGUGACUUAGGAAUAGGUACUGUUUCUUUUUGCGAUAAUAUUGGUAAUGCACCUUCGAGAUAUCAAAGUUAUUGUACACUUCCACGGCCGGAACAAAUCGAUUUCGAUCAACACUCAAAUUACGGCAAUGAAAUUAGUCAAAUGGCUAAACAAAUCAAUCAAUUAUAUGGUCCCUAUAAUUCACAAAUUCAACCAUCAAUUAGCCCUAAUGCAAUCAGUAAACAGAAUAUAUUAUCAAGUCGGCCGGGAUCAUCGAUGCUUAUUGGAGCUCCAGGGAUGAUUAGUGAUUAUCUUACUCGGCCACAUUCCGUAUAUGGUCCAACUGAAUCCAAUGUUAUCCCACAAAUAUCUGACGAAGAGAUUUUAAAGCCUGCAAAAGAAAUAAUCUAUUUUGAUGCACUUUCCGUUCUUUCCGUGCUCCAGAUUCUUUGUUCAUUAGUAAUAUUUGGUUGUGGAGUUUUGCGGAUAAUUUGGAAUUCGAAAUGGGCAAUAGGUAUUGAGAUUGUUCUUGCUGUAUUCAUUUUCGCAGCUGGUGUUACCGGAAUAUGUGCAAGUAGCCGAAGAUCUUACAGCGCAGCGACAGCAGCAUUUAUUUUGUCAAUGUUGAAUUCUAUUCUCUCUGUUAUACCUUUCAUAUUGGGUGCUCUUUCGGCUAUAGCAAAUGCAUUUCCUACAUUGAAUCCGGAAUGGCUACUUGACGUGCAUGAAUCAUGGGCCAUCGAUUAUUUACUAAGUUUCAUUUGUUUUGCUGAGACGAUGAUAGCAAUGACAACAUCAAUCUAUGGAUGCAAAGCAUUUGGUUUAACGAUGAGGCUUAUUGAGAAGCUUCGUUUUAGUGUUGAUCUGAAUACUGUAUUUGAAGGCCUGUCACCAGCAAAUCAAAAGGAAUUAAAUGGAAUGGACAACAAAGAAGCAGUAUGA